AUGGCGGACGUGCUGAACAUUUCGAAAAUCCCGAUUUUUUCAAAAAAGGAAAGAGAAUUUAGCGAUUUGCAGAAAAGCAAAGAGGCCAAUGAGAAGAUCCUGAGCAAAGAGACAGACCGAUUCACACUGUACCCCAUUCUGUACCCAGACGUUUGGGAUUUCUACAAAAAAGCGGAGGCAUCCUUCUGGACAGCUGAGGAAAUUGACUUGUCUAGCGAUUUAAAAGAUUUCGAAAAGUUAAAUGAAAAUGAAAAACAUUUCAUAAAACAUGUAUUGGCCUUCUUUGCAGCCAGUGAUGGAAUUGUGUUGGAAAAUCUAGCCAGCAAAUUUUUACGCCAAGUGCAAAUUACGGAGGCUAAGAAGUUUUACUCCUUCCAGAUAGCUGUUGAGAAUAUCCACUCGGAGACGUAUAGCUUGUUGAUUGACAAUUACAUAAAGGACGAGAAGGAGAGGAUGAAUCUGUUUCACGCCAUAGAGAACAUCCCCGCUGUGAAGAAUAAAGCGUUGUGGGCAGCCAAGUGGAUAAACGAUACAAACUCGUUUGCGGAAAGGAUAGUAGCCAAUGCGUGUGUGGAGGGUAUCCUAUUUAGUGGAAGUUUCUGUGCCAUCUUUUGGUUUAAGAAGCAGAACAAAUUGCAUGGACUCACGUUCAGUAAUGAGCUAAUUAGUCGAGAUGAAGGGCUGCACACCGAUUUUAACUGCCUGAUUUAUAGCCUCCUGGAAAAUAAGCUGCCGGAGGAGGUGGUCCAAAAUAUUGUCAAAGAGGCCGUAGAGGUGGAGCGGUCUUUUAUUUGCGAAUCAUUGCCUUGUGAUCUGAUUGGAAUGAACUCAAGACUAAUGUCGCAGUACAUUGAAUUCGUGGCGGACAGGCUGCUGGAAUGCCUGGGAUCGCCAAAAAUCUUCCACGCAAAGAAUCCCUUCAACUGGAUGGAUCUCAUAUCUCUGCAGGGGAAGACCAACUUUUUCGAGAAGCGGGUGGCCGAUUAUCAGAAAUCGGGAGUCAUGGCACAGAGAAAGGACCAGGUGUUUUGCCUCAACAGCGACUUCUGA